ACUCCCCCUGCAAUUUUUCAGUCCCUGCUCUUGGUUUGCACAGGAGGUCUGGCGAGUACGUUUCUUUGAAACGAUUUUAAAGUGUGUAAGAUGGCACAGAAAGAGUAACAGAAAUCACUUGCUUUUCGCCACAGCUGCCCUGAACUGUAUGAAAAGCAUUCAUAGCUUGCCAGCAGACAAGUACUGAGGAACUGAUUGGAAAUGCAAGCACUUCAACUGUGACCAGGAGAAAAUGAAAAUACAGUGAUGAUGGGCAGCAAUGAGACCAACUGAAGGUGGGACAGGAGGCUUUAAAUGUACAGGAACCCUGGUCGGAAUGCACACAAGCCUUCCCAGUACAGCUGACACAGCAGCUAAUGUAACAACUAGACCCCAGGUGAGGUUACUGAAUUUGUUGUGGAUUCAGACAGAGAUAUUAACCAUCUGGACCAAGGAGCUGAGAGCAUUGUUUCCAAGUUUGCAGGGAAGAAGCCCUUCUUUCACAACUUGGUAUCUGAAUGGAUGAAGAAUGAAGAAGCUCCAGAAAUCUUAAGUACGAAGCCAAAUAUUUUAGAUACCCAAAGGAGAGUAGAAUUGAAUGUGUGUGUGUCAAUAAAAGAGAUACUGGUGAGCAGUCCAGUAUUAUGGACCUUUUGGAUAACUGGGGUACAAAAAAAUCGAAGAUCAUGCAAGGACGUUCAAAAUACGUGGAUGGUUUUAGUGAUACGUCGAGCGCUGGAAGCAUUUUGGAUGAGGCAGACAGAGAAGUGAGUAGGCUUACAGAGCGUGCUUUUAAGAGCUUGUGUGUGGCAGAGGAAGGCAUCUGUAAUGACGUGGAUAUUCCCAGCUCACCAUCGGCUGUCAGUGUGAAUCAGACAAGUGACCACCCAAGUUCAGUCAAGGGCAAGCAUUCUACGAGCGAACUGAAAAACUGUAAUAAGUCAUCGAAGCUACUCCAGAAACAACCAAAAGAAUUACCUGACACAUUCCACGAAUCAACAGUCCAGUGUCCUGUUGAAAAAAACGAUGCCAAAGGUGGCUCACAAACUGGCUUCUCAGGCGAAACUAUUGGCUCAGAUCAGCAGCUGGGCAAACAAAGGUCAAAAGUUUCUUCUCUGAUUGAAGCUUUUGAUCAAAGUGAUAAUGAUUUCACAGGAGAUAUCACGGUGAGUGCAAAACAAGUUACUGUGAGUGGACACUCUGAAUUACCAGGGGACAGUGAUAUUAAGGACAUUGCACAAUGGGAUUCUUCAGCUAUUAUCAACUUGCACAAAGAGAAAUCUAACUUCUCUGCUGCUUGUCAAGAAAAAUAUUGGGCAAACAAGAAGCAAAUUCCACCAGGGAAAGGCAACAAAACCAAUAUUUUGAGCUACAUGAAAACUGCACAGUACAAAAAGCAAGGCCACAUAACUGACGUGGCAAUUCCGAAUCAUUCGAGUAAAAAGCUAGAUAAAAGUUUAUCUGAAAUAGUCAGCAAAGUGAAGAAACCCGAUUCAAAGAGCAACUUCCUUCACAGUGAGUGCAGUGCAUUCAAAUCAUGGCACGAUCACAGUAAGCUUCUAUUUGAGGGGGAUAAUCAUGUUGAGAAAUUGACUGCUAACCUUCAGUCCAGAGCAGAGAUGCAAAACCUCUGUGAUGAUAAUACAGUCAGUUGUAGAAAGGUGUGUUCAUUGGUGAAAGUGCAGUCCCCAAAUGAAGUUAAAGUUAACACAAUGCAGAGGCCGGUGAACUGUUCACCCAGUUGCAAGGAUUCAGAUUUUCAUUCAUUGCCAUCUGAGUAUAGUGUCAAAGCAAAUGUAAAGCAACACAAUAGUUUGCAGGUAAUUGAACCCGAAAAGAAUAGUGGUUGUGCAACAGAAAAUGGGGAUGAGGGAAAGCAUUUUCAGCUGUGGAGAAGUUCAAGGAAUCCACGAUAUAAUAGGCAAACAGCUGCAGAGCUUGUGAGUGGAGAUAUUAGCUCCACAGAAUGCUACCCUAUAGCUGACCUUAAAGAGGCUCCAACACAGGCUGAACAAAUCCCUCAAGAAGAGAGUCCCUCCUUCAGUAUUUCAAAGCUUCUGACACCAAAUAUUGUCCACAAUACAAAUGAGAUGGACAGGUCAACACAACAGCCAAUUGUAGUGACACCUCCUGUCAUUCAACUUUCUGUGACUCAGGGAGAUGAAGCUAGAGGUGGUGCUGAUUACCAAUAUCGUGAGAAUUAUAAAUCCAAGGCUUCAAGCCUGCUUUAUAACCUCAAAGAUGUCAGAAAACGAGUAAAAUCCACCUACUCUAAUUCUGGUACACCUCAGAACCAUUCUGAACAAAGCAAGAACAAGGAUUAUAUUUUCCAAAACAUACAUCGAGCCAGUGAAAGAACAUCUUCUGCACCUUUAAGACUAGGCAUUAAGGAAAACCACAUAGCUGACUCCAUUGAACAGGAAAAACCUGAUAAAAUGCCUAAUGCCAAAAAUGUGACUACUCCUUCUGGGCAUUUCAAUAAAGCUACAGUUAUCCAUAAAGCUGAGCCAGACUCGUGGAAGAAUGAUGACUAUCUCAAUUUAAGGUCACCACAAACCGUUAGUGAAGCCAGAACGCAACCCAACUGGCGAACAAGAACUGCAAGGCCCCAUUCGGCAAUGGUUACAACAGAAAUUCAUGCAGAGAGAAGCUUGGACAGAAAGCUUGCGGUUCAACUGAACAAGGUCAAUGAGAAGAAGGAGACAAGAUGUCCUUCCACAACCUUCCAGAAAACAUCAGCAUUGGCGAGAAAAAGCCCAGAGGAAGCAGAGGCGAUGCCAGAAAAGGCAGAUGAAAUGAAAAGUAGAUUCCAUCACAGUAGAAAACUAGAGUGUUCCUCAUUCAGCCACAGGAGCAGAACUGGCUGUCCAAAAGAAAAUCAUUUCAGAGAGCAAGGUGGUAAGUUGGCAUUGCAAGCAGCAGGAGACAUCUGUCGACCAAUGUUGGAAGCGAAUGUAUCAAAUAACUGGAUAUCUUCCCAUUCUGCCAAAGAAGACAAAGGUACACAGGACAUAAAAUCACCAAACCAGUCCUAUUUUGUCCUAGGUGAUGAUCGCUAUCAAGACACAGAAAACAUGACGGUUGAUGUAGCGACUGAAAGGGGCACAGGUGGCAAUGCCAAAAGGAACUUUUUGAAUAGUUGGCCUGCAGCUGAGGAGGGCAAAGAUACUGAAAAGAAUGAGUUGCAAUAUUAUGCACUCAGUGACACAGCAUCCAAUUCUGGGAGGAAAGCUGAGAAUCAAAACUCACUUCUGGAGAAUCAAGGUCACCUGCAAGAGAAAAUGGCAAGAGAUUUACCUGGGCAUAGAACGAAAGAUGGUAGUCCCUUGGAUAUGACGUGUGAAGAAAAAUUCUACAACAUUUUCUCAAAGCAAGAAAUACAAGGGCGUACAAACUCACCGAGGUCUGGUUUCCUUAAAAACAAAGACAACAUGGUGAAAACAUCCUCAGUAAGUAAAGGGGUGAAGCCAGCUAUCCCCACAUCAGUUCCUGAGGGUGUAGAAGCCAAUACCUUUAAGGAAACACCAAACAUGUUCCUGUCAGAAGGAAACCCAGAGUGUGACAAACUUGAGAUUUCUGCGGAAAGAUCAGCAGCAGCAUAUCCUCGGCCAGAGUCAACAUGUAGCAUCGAUUCAAAAACAGCGGGUAAGCCUCCCGUUGUUCCUCCAAAGUCUGAAAAAGCAUUACGCCGAGCCAAAAAGCUGGCCACCCGACGAAAAAAGGCUGAUGUCAAGCAGAAAACACAAAGCAUCGACGACCCAGAAACCAGUGCAACUAUAUCCAAUGUACCAGUGUCUCCCCCAUGCGUCCCCAUAUCACCGACGCCCGUGGUUUGUUCUCCAGAACCAACACAGCCAAUGGAUUCAUGUGUAAUUCCAGCAGUACCCAACAUCAUGGCAUUAAAUAGCAUGCAGCCCAUUGCAUCUGUACAUUCAUUUCCAUUAAGCCAAAGAAAAUUGCUUCAAGAUCCUGAAACCGGCCAAUAUUUUUUUGUAGAUAUCCCAAUUCAUGUACAGGCAAAGACACUGUAUGACCCAGAAACUGACAAAUACUUCCAGGUGUCCAUACCCUCAACAGGUCAAAAUACAUCACUAGAUUAUUUUAAUAAUUCAUAUGUGUUAUAUCCUGGAUUUCUGUCUUUUCCUUUAACCUCAGUAUCAUCUAUCAGGUCACCAUCUCAAAUGUCAGCACCUGCAAUUCUCCUGGAUGUACAAGACAAGAGGAAACCUUUACAUGAAUGGACAAACACUGAAAUGGGGCGCACAGGGGUUCAGGGAAAUGAGCCAUAUAUUGAGACACUUUUUGAUCCUCACACUGGAUGCAGGGCAGAUAUUGAAGAUGUGACUUGGUGCAAUGCAAUGAACAGUCAGUUGCAACCAGAAGGCCAUAAUUUGGACUUAAUUGUAAUGGGGGAGCUGGAGGAUAUUGCCGUAGAAAACAAUUAGCAAAAGGUAACAAAGGCUGUGAUAAUACAUGCUGAAGGAAUCUCAGUCUUUUAAAGAUUAUGUUCCUGUCUGCAGAAUAACUCAGAAAUGACAUCUCAAGUGAUUCAUACAUGUUACUGCUUUGUAAGGUGGUUCAUAACUAUUCAAAUGUUAAAGUAGAUAUGGCAUCAGAAAUUGGAAAAUCAAAUAAAGAAGCAAAAGGGAAAUAAACAAUGCAUCAUUUCUUAAUGAUAAAGAAAAAGAGUUAACAGUUGCAAAAAUUAAUGGGCUUUGAAGCUAGGAUGACUAAAACAUACAAUAUAUUUUAAGUUUCAGAGAAACUAUGCAUUGUGUGAUUUUUGUUCCCAUUAUUUUACCUUUCUCUCGAUAUAUCUGUAAUAGUGAACUUUCUUCAGAAAAGUUCUGAAGAGUUGUAUUACACUUGAAAUGGUGACUUUGAUUCUCUCUCCACAAAUGGUGCCAGAUCUGCUGAGUUUCUCCAGCACUUUUUGUGUUUGUUCCAGAAUCUGCAGUAUUUUUGCUUUUAUGUCUGUAACGUUGUUUUCCCCUGAAGGUUAAAACUCACAGUUUUGAUAAACUGAGGAUGGUCUUGGCUGAAGUAAGCAUUGACUAUUUUUUAACAUUUGAUUUAAGUUUAUUAAAAUAAGGAGUGCAAUGUUGAUCA